CUUUCUUUUCUUCGCUAGAUUUCUCAAACUUCCCUCCCUCCCUCUCAUUCUCUCUCUGGAUCUCUUUCUUUUCUUCGCUAGAUUUCUCAAACUUGCAAAUUCAUCUUAUGUGUUGAAAAGGGUUUCUAAAUUUACCAACUCUGGUUUGAAUUUCAGCGAGAUUUCGGCUUCCUAACUUCCCAAAAUGUCGGAUCUUGAGGCACCUCUUGUACGGCCUAAAAGAAAGAAGGUGUGGGUUGACUAUUUCGUCCAGUUCAGAUGGAUCAUUGUCAUUUUCGUCGUCCUUCCAAUUUCAGCUACCAUCUACUUCCUGAUGUAUCUCGGGGAUGUUUGUUCGGAGAUGAAGUCAUACAAGAAACGCCAGAAGGAACACGACGAAAACGUUAAGAAAGUCAUCAAAAGACUCAAGGAGAGGAACCCAUCAAAGGACGGGCUAGUUUGCACUGCACGCAAACCUUGGAUUGCUGUGGGAAUGAGGAAUGUGGAUUACAAGAGAGCUCGCCAUUUCGAGGUCGACUUGUCUGCUUUCCGCAACGUCUUAGAGAUUGACAAAGAGAGAAUGAUUGCUAGGGUUGAGCCUCUCGUCAACAUGGGUCAGAUCACCCGUGUCACCGUUCCAAUGAACCUAUCCCUUGCUGUUGUGGCCGAGCUUGAUGAUCUCACUGUUGGUGGACUCAUCAAUGGCUACGGUAUUGAAGGAAGCUCCCAUAUCUAUGGUUUGUUCGCUGAUACAGUUGAGGCAUACGAAAUUGUUCUAGCAGAUGGGACACUUGUACGGGCCACAAGGGACAACGAAUACUCCGAUCUUUUCUAUGCUGUUCCAUGGUCUCAAGGAACCCUUGGGCUCCUUGUCGCUGCCGAGAUUAGGCUUAUACAUGUGAAAGAGUACAUGAAACUUACAUACAUACCAGUUAAGGGUGAUCUUAAAACCUUAGCCCAGGGUUAUAUUGAUUCUUUCGCGCCUAGAGACGGGGACCCUGAGAAAAUCCCGGAUUUCGUUGAAGGCAUGGUUUACACUGCCAACGAGGGGGUGAUGAUGACGGGAAAAUACGCUUCCAAAGAAGAAGCUAAGAAGAAAGGAAACAAGAUCAACAAUGUCGGGUGGUGGUUCAAGCCAUGGUUCUACCAACAUGCUCAGACCGCGCUGAAGAAGGGAGAGUUUGUCGAGUACAUUCCUACUAGGGAAUAUUACCACAGGCACACUCGGUGUUUGUACUGGGAAGGGAAACUUAUCCUCCCGUUCGGUGACCAGUUCUGGUUCAGGUUCCUCUUCGGUUGGUUGAUGCCCCCCAAAGUUUCCCUCCUUAAAGCUACUCAAGGUGAAGCCAUCAGAAACUACUACCAUGAGAUGCAUGUCAUCCAGGACAUGCUCGUUCCGCUCUACAAAGUCGGAGAUGCCCUUGAAUGGGUCCACCGCGAGAUGGAGGUAUACCCCAUUUGGCUUUGCCCUCACAAGUUGUACAAGCUCCCGGUGAAAACCAUGAUUUACCCGGAGCCGGGCUUUGAGUACGAAAACAGACAGGGAGACACUGACGAUGCCCAGAUGUACACUGAUGUCGGUGUCUACUAUGCCCCAGGUCCUGUCCUAAGAGGUGAGGUUUUCGACGGGUCAGAGGCUGUUCGCAGGAUGGAGCAAUGGCUGAUCGAGAACCAUGGGUUCCAGCCUCAGUACGCAGUGUCAGAACUCGACGAAAAGAGCUUCUGGAGAAUGUUCGACGCUGACUUGUACGAGCACUGCCGCAGGAAGUACAAGGCUAUCGGGACGUUCAUGAGCGUGUAUUACAAGUCGAAGAAGGGUAGAAAGACCGAGAAGGAAGUCCGAGAAGCCGAGCAAGCUUGCCUCGAGACACCUUAUGCCGAAGCCAACUGAUUUGGUUGAUGAGUGAGUUUAGUGUCUUUGCUUUUCUCUCCCGCGGAUUAGAUUUUCCUCUGUUUCUUUUCUUGCUUUGUGUUUUUCUGAGUUUGUGGAUCUUUAUAUUUCUGUUGCGUUGAAGACAAAAACUGUUGUUGCUGCUGCUGUUCUUGUUCGAAUGCUUUUGACUGAAUUUAGGGUUUCCAGACUUUGUUGGAUUGUUGAUUAGAA